AUGCAUUAUAGAUCACCAUUACCUACAGCUAGCAACCACCACCUGCAACCAUCACCUGCAACCACCACCUGCAACCACCACCUGCAACCACCACCUGCAACCACCACCUGCAACCACCACCUGCAACCACCACCUGCAACCACCACCUGCAACCACCACCUGCAACCACCACCUGCAACCACCACCUGCAACCACCACCUGCAACCACCACCUGCAACCACCACCUGCAACCACCACCUGCAACCACCACCUGCAACCACCACCUGCAACCACCACCUGCAACCACCACCUGCAACCACCACCUGCAACCACCACCUGCAACCACCACCUGCAACCACCACCUGCAACCACCACCUGCAACCACCACCUGCAACCACCACCUGCAACCACCACCUGCAACCACCACCUGCAACUACCAAUUUUUAA